AUGUCACUAAACAUAAUGAUUAAUACUAGUAUAACAGCAGUAACAUCAUUUUUGAACAAAUUUAUUGAUACUUAUCGUGCUUUAUAUAUUGGAAGAGAUAUUUUUGAAGCAUUAGCAAUUUGGUUUGGUCAUCAUAGAGGUCUUGAUAGAUAUGAUAUUCGUCAAUCAUAUUAUAAUGCACUUUAUAGACCUCUUUGGAGAUUGGAUACAUUAACAUUUCCAAUAAGGUAUUAUUUAGCUAGAUGGAAAUCAUUAAAUGAAUGGAUUGAUUAUUCCAAGUCAAUUACUAAACCUUUCUCAAUAAAGAAAGAUGAAGAUGAGGGUUUUGAAGAUUCAAAGAUCAAUAUUGACUUAAAUCAUGAUGGGGAUGCUAAUGGCAUUAUAUUUCCAAUGGAAGUUUGGGAAAUCAUUGCAAAUAUUGGUAAACUUAAUAAUUCAAUCUUGAUGAGCAUCAAUAUAUCAUUCUUCUAUACAUUUGCACCAAAAAUUUACGAUACAUUAAAAUUGACUAUUGUUUUGACCCCAUUAACCAAGAUGAAACUUACUGAUGAAUCUUUCUUGAAAAAUGGACCUGAUAUUGCUAAUAAUAGAUAUAAUGAUUCAUAUUCAAUUUAUGAAAGACAUGAAGAAAGUAGAAGCUUUGAUUAUGAAUCUUUGGAUACCUCAAUUGAUGAUCAAGAUUAUUUUAAAGGAGUUGAUCCUAAAGAUAGAUAUAAGCAUAAACAUCCUAGAUUUAAGUUCAAAUCUGGGCUUAGAGGUGAAAGAUCUAAUCAACCUUUUGAAGUGAGGAAUUUAAAGAAUAUUCGAUUCAUUUUAAAGAAUAUUUUGCAAAAUCCACAUUCAAUAAUGAAGAUGUUUAUUAAAGAAAUCAUGGUUGAUGUAUGUGUGUUUGAUGGGUUUAAUGAGCUUAUGACCAUGAAGCGAAGCUCAUUAAUAAAUGGAUCAACCAGUGGUGUAGAAUCAUUAGAGAAAUUGAUUGAUCAAGAAAUAGAAAAGAAGGAACAUGUUUCAGUUAUGAAAGUCAAUCCAAUCGAUCAUGAAUCUAAUUGGCGUCUUUAUGUUGCACCUUUAGAUGAUAAUUUUGAUAGAGUUAGAUGGAAAGAUUCUUUGAUAGACAAAGCUACAAGAUUUUUCAAAAUUGCCAAAAGUAUCAAAACCAAUUGUACUCAUGAUUCUAUUGAAACUGACCUUUACGACCUAUUCCCACAUACCGUUUAUUUUAAGGAAUUGUUGAGUGUUUAUCUACUUUCUUUGUCAACUUUAUUCAAAUAUAUUAAGAAGACGAUUGAGUAA